AUUAUCAACCAAGGAAUGUGUAUCUAUAGUUGGGGGUACCGAAUCAGAUUCAUCUGCUUACCUUUCCCUUUCAUCAAAAACACGAAAUAACAAUACCAAAAAAAAAAGAUAAGAUAAGCUCAAAAGCCCAUAGCAUUAUCCCCGAACCGCGUACCUUACCCCAACCCAACCCCCAAUUUUCCUAAUUCUCACUCCACACUAUUUUUAACCCUUUAUUAUCACACUACUAUAUGAUCAAUUGACUCAAUUUUACCAAAAAAAAUCCAUUUCCAACAACUUAAUUUAGCGUCAAAAGAUGACAAUUUCAGAUGCAGUAGUGUCCAAUUUAACGACGUUUUACCUGUUAGUGAUAGCCGCGAUGAAGGCGUACGGAUUGAUAACUGGGCGGAGCUACAGCGGAGUUUUUGUACUGAUUGUAUCAACAGCAAUUGUUGGAGGCGUACUGAUUGUGAGUCUGACUUGGGAUGUGACUCGUAAAGCUACAUCAUAUGCAAUGACACGAAAUCAUCAUGAUGAUCGUCGUCAUCAUUCUGAGGAGUUGUGUAGAGGCGGUAUAUGUUGGCAUGGUGUUGCUGUUAGAUCUCCAGCGUCGCAGUUUCGGUUUCGGCUUCCUCAGCAUCAGAAUCGUUAGGGUUUAAAGUGAAAAUUGGCGCUGUAAGUAUGUAAAUUAGUUUUGGUAUUUUAUCUAUUAUUGGGAUUUUGAUUGUCGAAAAGUGGGGGUUAAAUUAGCCUAAAAUAGUUUAGGCAUGUAAAUGAAAAUGUCUGUGCUGUUGGGGUUCUUUUACCCCAUCC